GAAUAUAUGACCGCGCCGAUGGAGAUGAGUAGCAAGGUGAUCGUAUGCGGUUUGUAGAAGAACUCAAGGGAAAUAUCGUCGACCGGCCUUUCAUUGAUGCUCGGGAAGCUGUCGGUCCCGGCGCGAAGUCUCUGUUCCUCGGCAUGAUCAACGAGACUGUUGGCGGUGGUGGCCGCCUUGGCGUUCUCCUCUCGCAGUAUUAUCGUCAUCCUUCGAUGAUGGUAUCCUCUGCCUCAGCCACGUUCGACCACCAUCGGCGAACAAACACACGCGUGAUUCUCGCGCCGAAAGUGCCUACUCUCGCGCGAACACGCUUGCGACGAACUGGCCUGCCUGAAGUUGCGUGCGCACGGCGCGUCAACAACGCGACGGCGACCGCGCACAACUUCACGCCGGUGAGUGCGCGACUAGCCGCGGACGAGACGAUACGUAGACGCGGAAGCGAGCGUGGGACUCGCACGCUAGAGCGAGGCGAUAUCACUAUGGCCACCGCAGCGGAAUCACCUGUUCCCAGUGAAUCGACCGAGAUCCGAUGCCAGGAGAAGUCCAAGGGUGGACUGUGCUACGAAGUGAUCCUGGCGGAACCGACGGUGCCCAAGAGGGCACCCUCGCCGCCGCAACAGCAGAGCCCGACGCAGCAAAUCGCGAUCGAGGACAAGCUCAAGGCCGCCGAGGAGCGAAGAUUGUCUAUCGAGGCGCACAAGCUUGCCGCACUCGCCGCUAAGCUCAGCAAAAUCGAGGAAGCGGCUCGCAAGAAGGAUGAACUCAGCGCAGCCUUCAUCGCCGCCACCCGUGAGUCCUUAGACGCGAAAAUGAACAACACGGAGGAGAAGCGAGAGGCCCACAUCGCCGAGCUGAAGAACAAGCUGAAAGAACACUUGGAGAGUGUUGAGAAGACUCGCCUGAGCCUUGAACAACAAACUGAAGAAGUGCGGUGCGCCGUUGAAGAGAAACUGAAAACUGCCGCAGCUCAACGUGAUGAAAAUAUCAAGAGAAUGCUGGAUCGUCUCAAGGAACAUGAAGAGCAGGUCGCUCGCGUACGUCAAGGUAUGUCGGAGCGCGUGCAGCAGUUGGAAUCUCAAAUCCAGGGCAAGUUGGAACAAGCACGCGAACGUCGCGAGACCAUUGAGCGCGAGCAGAAAGAGAAGCUGCGUAAUCAUAACACGGUGAAGAUAGCGAAAGUACGUCAGAUGGCGGCGCGAGAGCUCCUGGUGAAAAAGUGUGAGUUCGACAAGAGGGUGUCGACCGCAGAGAUGAAUCGGCAGCGGGAGAUCCAGCGUCGCGUGCAGGCGAUUCGCCGCCACCAUGAGAGGCGCGCUAAGAUGGUAAGACAGAAUAAGAAGGAACGUCAGGAUGUUAAUCCAGUGGAUGCGUCGCAACCGAUCCUGCCGGUGGAGAACGAGACUGCCAGUUCCGGCUAAGUAUCCGAUGCUAAGGCCGCACGAAUGCCCCGCAAGGCUCCAUUUCGUUUUGUGUAUUUAAAUAAAAAAAAAAAAAUAAUAAACUCGAAGUAAAACGGAAGAUCGAUCACGCGCGAUUUUGUCCGCAUUUUGAGCGAGGGAAGAAGGAGAGGGAAAGGGAAAAGAGAGCUGAAUUGUUUCUCCUUUACGGAUCCUGAAUGUCGCACGGACAAUACUAUCUUCAUUACAUUGCCUCUCACUUCAGCAACGUUCCACAUAGAAAAAAAAUGCAGGAAUUUUCUUGAAUUCUAGAAACAACGAGAGGGAUCUACGACGAUUUCAAGGAGGUUGUUGCAAAAGUUUGGUUUCGAGAAAGCUUUAUGUGUGAAUCUUAGACAUCGAGGUACGGGGCACAAGGAUAUAAAGAUAUUCUAUAAUCAAAAAAUGUGAAGAAUGAAAAGAAUUAUCGCAAGAUUGAGAUAUUAAAAGAUUAUAAAAGUUUAAGGUUUCCAAAAUCCAAGAAAUUUUUUCUAUUUUUUUAUUCAUUAAAAAUAUAGAAAUUACAAGAAUCUAUAGAUCACUGCGAUAUCGAAAUAUAUUUCGAGACUAAAAUAUCAAUAUUUAAAAUUUAAAAGUUUUUUUUGCAAGAAUAUUGUGCAGAAUCCAAAAAACUUUCGCAGCAACCUUCAGAAGAUUUAUCGCGGAGAAAUGUGGGCAUUUUUUUUUUUUUAUAUAAAAAUUCAAGAUCAAGUUAAAAUUAGAUUUUAAAGCAAAUUUGAGGGACUCGAAAUGAAGAAUUAACGAUUUAAAUAUAUCCAAGAUAUGGGACUUUGGCCUUUAAUACAAAGUAAAAUAAUAAUAAAAAAAAUUUUUAUUUUCCACUUUGAUUCACGCGAUUGAUGAGAAAUAUAUCUGAAAGAGCCAAAAGAAACAAAAAUACACAAAGAUACAAAAAGACACUUUUUUUAAUCCCUCGUUUAUAAGAAUUUUUUGUAUAUUGUAUAAUUAGAUCUAUCCUUUUCUUUUUUUUAUUCACUUAUGCAUUGUCUUAAUAUGGUUCGAAAAAAGUACGACGAAGACUAUACGGAAAAAUACGACGGCUAACGAUUAACCGUAAUUAUGAUUCAUUGUUUUGAAGCGAAACACAAUGUAUCGUUUUCGCGAAAUAAGGAAGAGGAAGAUGAUUCGAUUUAAUAGAGAUUAACGGAUUAUUAUAAAUCAAUCUAUCGCUACAACUUAGAUACUAAGUGGUGCGACUGCAGCUUUGUGUGCAUGCGCACGUAGAAGAGGAUAUGUGUGUGCGCGAUGUGUGCCGGCGUGUGUUAAGCACACUCAUAAUUAUAUAUAUAAAUAUAAUAUACAUAUAAUUAUAUAUAUAUAUAAUGAUAUAUUAAUGAUAAUAAUAACAAUAAUAAUAAUAAUAGUGCUUUAUACUAGGCUUGAAAAAUUAGAAAAAAACAUUUUGUACUCAUUGUAAUAUUACUGCGCUAACCAAAAUGAGAUAACACUCACAUGAGAAUGUAGUCUAAUGAAUAUGUGACGCUUCUGUGAUGACUUUAUUUGUCAAAAUGUGUAACAUUUAAGUGCGGGUGAGAGACGAGGAAACAAUGAAUGAAUGAGUGAAUGAAUAGGAGAGCAUGCAAAAAAUAUAAACAGAGAAAAAGAAUGGAAGAUAUUUUGUUUUUUUCAAGUUAGCACGAUUGUCGUGACCAGGGAAAGUUCAUUCGCGUCAAGGAUUUGCAACAUUAUACGGCAGUAUAAUUACGUUAAGAGUCGAUCCUGAUCCACGAAGUAGCGUCUAUUACAAUCGCUGAUUUAUAUGCUUGCAAGAAAAAAUAAAAACAAAUGAAAAAAAGUAAAAAAUAGAGACAUUACAAUAUUUUCUGAUAUGAUGAUAAGAUCUGCUAGUGAAAUCGGAGCUUUGAAGCCUAAAGCCAGUUUCUAAAUAAUCUUCGGAACGUUUUAAAAUUAAUAGAAAUUUAAUGAUAUUGAAUUUUACGUAUGAACAGCCUGUAUAAGAAAUUAGGAUUUAAUAGUAAGUCGAGGCUUU